AUGGCACCAAUCGCGCUCUCCCCAAGGACGAGUCUCCCCACCUCUCAUGACAACCUCAACCUCCACCCCAUCACCAAACGAGAGAAGUUCCCAAAAGCCAACAUAAUAACCCUAGCCGUCCUUCUCACCUUCCUCCUCUCCAUUUCCCUCUUCUUCGCCGUCUUUGUACCACGCUGGACACGCAAGAAGAAGCUUAAAGAGCAUCAGCAGACGGUACGGGAAAUGUUGCAAGCUGAGGAGCGUGCUACUGGGCGCAGAGCACGAGGCUCUAGUAAUGUUGGGGCUGCUGCUGGAAGAGGUUUUGGGGCUGGCCAGAGACAGGGCCAGGGCCACGGACAGGGACAAGGAGUAACAGAAGGGGGAACCGGAGGAGGAGGGGGUGAAGCGAUUCCCAUGGACGACGUGGCGGUGCCGGAUGGGAAUGGCGGUUGGGUUGAGCCGCCACCGCCGUAUGUGGUUGAUCCUAAGCCUGCUUAUCACCCAUAAUCAUGGGACGGAUGUGUGGAAGGUAUAGUCACUGCGGUGCUUGGUUAACUGGCUGAGACCAAGGAUGAAGCGUUUAUAAUGGGUUGCCGGAUUGUUCGUGGGAAUGGCAUAGGCUUCUACUGCGAUGACUGGCACGGGGAAUGAGGAAGAAGUUGACGAUCAGCUUCAUGUAAUAUACCUUGUUC